AUGUCUUUUUCAGAUGAUGAUGAUGAUGAGGAUGAAACUGGUCUAAACACGUCGCCGGUUGAACGCCCUAGUUACGAAGGCGAGGAUACGAGUCCGACUACAGAGAGGGAGUUGAAGGGCUGGUUUGCUUAUCCGAUUGCUGCGGAAGUCUUUGCUGUGGUCGCUGUCGGUGCCUUCCUCCCCGUCAUCCUCGAGCAGCUCGCUCGAGAAAACGGCGUCUUCUUCUCCGACCGGUCUAAACCAUGUAUCGACCACCACCAAGCUCCAGUAGGAGACGCAACUGCACCGAAAAAGCAAGGCGAAGAGCAAUGUAUCGUGAGAUAUCUGGGCAAAGACAUGUCGACGAGUAGUUUUGCCAUGUACACUUUUUCCACGGCCGUGUUACUGCAAGCUCUCGUUUUGAUAUGUUUUAGCUCUUUUGCUGAUCAUGCACCCAUCCUAGUCAUCGUCGGCGUCUCCAGCCUGGGGUGUUCCUUUGUCUUGCUAAACGCUUUCCUACCGUUGCUAGUAGCACAUUACCCCGACAACUCCAUAGGCAAGUCGCUGUCAUCGGAUUCCGCCUCAGACUUUGAGCUCGAAAGCUUGAACCCCGCCAACGGACCGUCAUCAAUAAUACAUCGAUCGAACCCAGAGAAGCUAGCGCGCGAUCUCGAGCGCUCGGCGCAAAUCAGCAGUAAAGGUGUAGGCUACGGGUACAUAUCCGCAGUCUUCGUCCAGGUCCUGAGUAUCGGCAUCAUCUUCCUGUUCAGCAAGACAUCGUUUUCCAAAACCUCGCCUAGUCUCUCGAUCCGCAUCAUCCUGUUCAUGGUGGGCGUGUGGUGGGCUGUGUUUAGCAUUCCAACACUUCUCUGGCUGCGCCCGCGUCCGGGUCCGCCGUUGCCCACGCAGUCACGCCCUGGUUUUGCAAAUAAUACAGAAGCGUCGUCGAAGCUGCGUACGUUUCUGUUUUAUACCUCGUUCUCGCUGAGGAGCUUCUACGGGACUUUGAAGAGGGCCAUCAGUCUCAGACAGACGCUACUCUUCCUCAUCUCGUGGUUCCUCCUCUCCGAUGCCGUGGCUACUAUUUCCGGAACGGCGGUACUCUUCGCGAGGACAGAGUUACACAUGGGCACUAUUGCCAUUGCACUACUAUCCAUUACGUCAAUCGGCUCGGGUGUCGUAGGCGCAUUUGCAUGGCCGAAGAUUCAGCGCCGGUAUGGUCUACAGCCGAAAAUGAUACUGCUGUGUUGUGUGGCCGGCAUGGAAGUGAUUCCUUUGUACGGCUUGCUGGGCUAUAUUCCGCUGUUCAAAAGCCUGGGGUUUAUCGGAUUGCAGCAGGCUUGGGAAAUCUAUCCCAUCGCCGUCGUGCAUGGGAUAGUCAUGGGUGGUAUAUCUUCGUACGCGCGCUCCGUCUACGCGCCUUUGAUCCCAGAGGGAAGCGAGGCAGCCUUCUUUGCGCUGUUCGCUGUGACAGACAAAGGGAGUAGCGCUUUUGGGCCAGCUUUGGUAGGCUGGAUUGUCGAUCAGGCCGGUACUAUUCGACCGGCGUUCUUCUUUCUCGCCGUCCUAGUCGUGUUGCCCGCACCGUUGUUGUGGAUGUUGAAUGUUGAGAAAGGGAGGGAGGACGCUAGGAUGAUGGCAGAGGGUGAUGGUAGGGGACGAGGCACGUAUGAGAGGGUGAUGGUUGAAUGA